AUGACCAAAGGCCUCGACAAAGACCGAGCACUAUGUCUUAGACCAGCAAUUGUUUCUUCUUUUUAUGAGACAUUGUCAAAACCAUUUGCUGCUAAUCCAUAUGGUCUUGCCCACAUUUGGAACUGUGAUGAAACAGGAGUUAUGGCUGACAGAAAUGGGGCAAUGAGGGUGCUUGUGAGGAAAGGAAGCCGAAACAUGUCUUAUAUACUUCUGAAGAGUCGUGAGUGGAUCACAAUUCUUUGUUGCAUUAAUGCUUCUGGACAAAGCAUUUCAAGGUUCUACAUGUUCAAAGGAAAGAGGCAAAUACAAAAUUACAUAGGUAAAUGUGAACCCAGUGCUUGCAUGGCAAUGCAACAACAUGCGUGGAUGACCGAGGAACUAUUCAUGAGUUGGUUGCACCACUUCAAGUGCUUUGUCCCUAGGGGUGUAUCACCAACAAACAUGUGCUUGCUGAUAUUCGAUGACCACGACAACCAUGUUGCAUUGCCAACCAUCCAGGAGGCAAGGAUGUUGGGCAUAGACUUGCUGACAUUGCCAACUCACACAUCUCACAAAUUGCAGCCACUCGAUGUGAGUGUAUUCUCUCCAUUCAAAAUAUACUUCAAAUCGGAAAGAACCGCAUGGAUAGUAAGGUUCCCCAAUCUAGAAAUUAGGAGGGUUGAACUGGCAGAAUUGAGCAGCAAGUCUUUGGCCAAGGCAUUGACUGUUUCAAACAUUACUAUGGGAUUCAAAAGGACGAGGAUAUGGCCCCUCAAUCCUGAUGCCCUCAUCCAAGACAUGCAACCCAACACCACAUUCCACAUUAAUGAUGGGGAUGAUGCAUCUGUAGUGCAAAACAUGCCCAGUCUUUCGGGAGUCCAUGUAUCCCCAGAAGUGGUUGUGGAAAACAUUACAGCCAGCCGUCAAACGGAUUCAACUGCACAAGUGGACAUGGAACAGGAAGACACCAACAUUGAUGAAGAUGUAGUUGACACUUUGGACGAGAGUCUUAGCCUUCCAUUUGAGCGGAUUGCACCAUCCUGGGUGGUGGAAGGGGUGGUGAAUAUGGGUGUUGAGUUGGAAGGUGAAGACGAACGAGGGACAUCUAGCUUGCCUUCACCACCAGAAGGUGUCAUUCUAGAAAUGUUGCCCAUUCACAUUGUGAACCAAAGAAGUGGUAGGGGGGCUUCAACUAGCAUCUAUUUGGCACGGGAAGGGCAGUUGAUAGCUUCUGAUGAGUUUGUUGAGGGUGUUGAGUUUGCAGAGAUGAGGAGUAGAGAAAUAGAGGACGGGAAACAAAGAAAGAGAGAGCAAAUUAAAGCAAACAAGGCAACAAGUUUGUUGGCCAAAGAAACUAAUGCACUAUUGAGAAAGGAGAAGGCAAUCUUGCGACAAGAAAAGGAAAGGCUAAAGGAAUUAGAGAAGAAGGAAAAGGCGAUCUUGCGACAAGAAAAGGAAAGGCUAAAGGAAUUAGAGAAGAAGGGAAAGGCUGAAAAAUUGCAGCGAGAUAAAGCAAGCAAGGAACAUGAGGCUGAGGAAAGGGCAAUCUCAAAGCAGGUCCAUGAGUUGGCAAGAAAGAAGUUGUUGAACAGCAAGUCCAGUCUGUCCAUGCCUUUUCCCGACCGACACCCUGUAAUGCAGGAUCUAAUUAACACAAUGUUGCCCAAAUUUCCAACAGACAUGAAUUAUUCACCUACUUCCCCCUUGCCUACUUUUCCUGGUACAUUGAAAUAUAUUGCAGGUGUGCCACCAUAUGGUGCCAGCUGCAACCCAAUGCCACUUGAAUUGAGUACCAGUGACUCUAUUGAUGUUGACGAGAAAAUGACACCCAUUGCAGAACUGCGACCAUCAGGCUCAGGGUCAAGAAUUGUUUUGCCUCAUUUUUUCAAUUGA